UUAUUAUUAUUAUUAUUAUUUUUAUUAUUUUUAUUUUCAUUUCUCAUUCGUAUUUCUUUUCCCGCUGCGUUCACGCGGAAAGUCUUCGGAGGUCCAAAGUCUUAGCUCCAAAGUCGUUUACCGGCCGCUCUAUAUUUAGCAACUUUGGUCUCCGGAUGACAGCCGUCUCUGUUCGAUAAAAGACUUCGGAGACAACACCGUCACAUACUCAAUGAUUUCAUGUGAGGACGAUAAUAUGAGUAUGAAUACAACAUCAUAAUGGUUGAAGAACAAUGUAUAAAAAGUAAUAAAUCAAUAAAAAUGCAAGCUGUGGCCCUCAGGACAUCAAGAUCAAUCUCAAAUGAGGAAUGCACAACCAGACAAAAAUCUGAUGUUGGAAGAGCAGCACGUAAAGCUAAACGUAUACGUUUCCUUGUUAAUGGUGAUCGAUUUUGUAAAGGUGUUGUAGUAGCAGUAACUCAUGAGCGAUAUCGAUCAUUUGACAGUCUAUUGGCAGAAUUAUCAAACAUGCUAUCAGAGAACAAGCACCUACCUAGUGGUGUACGAGCAUUAUUUUCCAUAGAUGGUCAUAAAGUAUCUCAACUAGAUGAUCUCGAAGAUGGAAAAUUUUAUAUUUGUUCUGGAGGCAAUAACGCCAUAAAAAAAAUAGACUAUGCCGCCCUGAACAAUGUAAAACCAUCUCGGUCUUUGACCAAACUACAAUCCACCCAUACAGUUUUAAGCAGCCCAAGUAAACAACCAUAUCUUAAUAUAAGGCCUAAAAUUAUAUUUGUGGUGAGAAGUGGUACCCGGCCUAGAAAAAUUAUCAGAAUGUUAUUGAACAAACGCAAUUCUCCUUCAUUUGAACACAUUCUUACACUAAUAACAGAAUCAAUAAAAUUAGAUACUGGUGCCGUCCGUAAGGUAUAUGUGUCAUCUGGAUGUCAAAUAACACAACUAGAACAAUUUUUUGAACCAGAUGAUUUGUUCUUUGUUUACGGUUCUGAACGAAUAUCUCAAGAUGAUUUGAAAUUAGACUUUGAAGAAAUGAAAACCGUACAAUCCCACAAACGUGGACUGAGAAGACCAGCCAAUGAACUGAAAAAUGGCACACAUUGUAUGGACGAAAGUGGUAAAAGAGUACCUCAGUUACCAAAAACCACUAAAGCGAAUCGGAGUAUAACCAGUUCUAUACCUACCAAAGUUCUAAACAGGUAUACUAUUGGUGAUCGACUUGGUGAUGGUAAUUUUGCUGUGGUUUAUCGGUGUUUUGACAAACGAACUAAUUCUGAAUAUGCUUUGAAAGUAAUUAAAAAAAUAGAAGUCCCUCAAAUGAGUCAAAUGAUUGAAAAUGAGCUUUCAAUAUUGAAAAGUAUAAGCCAUCCAAAUAUUAUCAAUUUAAUAUCUGAUCUAGUGACGAACACUGAUGUAUAUCUCAUCACAGAAUUAGUUAGUGGUGGUGACCUGUUUGAAGCCAUUGCCAGAUGCACAGACUUCUCUGAGCGUGAUAUUCGAUUAAUGACAAGAAAUUUGGCUUCAGCUUUAGCAUACCUCCAUGGAUUAGACAUUGUACAUCGAGAUGUGAAACCAGAAAAUCUUCUAGUUGAAUAUGAUAUAAAUGGUCAUGUAUUGCACUUAAAACUGGCAGAUUUUGGCUUGUCUCAAAAAGUCAACGAACCCCUAUACAUGGUGUGUGGUACUCCUACUUACGUAUCCCCUGAAAUUCUUACUCAAGAUGGUUAUGGCGUGAAAAUUGAUAUUUGGGCUGCUGGAGUGAUACUAUAUAUACUUUUGUGUGGAUUUCCACCAUUUGUCAGUGAAAACAACAUUCAAGAAGAUUUAUUCAAUGACAUACUUAGCGGGACAUAUGGUUUCCCAGAACCUUAUUGGGAUAAUGUGUCUGAAGAAGCCAAAGAUUUGGUUUGCUCAAUGUUACAAUCCAAUCCAAGUUUGAGAUUUUCUGCUGAAGAUGUUCUCGAUCAUCCAUGGUGCGAUGAAUUUGAAUUGUGAUGAAUACUUCCAAACAUUUGUUUUUUUGUUGCCAUUAUAUGUAACUGGCUAAUUAAAAUUAUUAUUGUUCCAUUAUGAUAAUAAUAAAAUGCAAUUAGACUUGUGUAACUGUUUCAAUUUUUGAAUUAUUAUUAUAAUAUUUAAUGCAUAAUUAUUUUAUUUUAUUUUGUUUAGUGAUCUAGCAUUAAGCAAUUUUAAGGCAAUGUAUUUAGACAUUGAUCAACUAUUUAUAUGUAUUAAUUAAUAAUGUGUAAAUGAAGCCAAAAUAAUUAGACUCUUCCUAUUUGGUAUUACAAUUAAAAAUUAAAGUGAUACUAUUAUAAUUAUUUCCUUUUUUUUAAUAAAUAACAUAUAUGCUGAA